GUCACAGCCAGCAUCUGGCUGUGCAGACGGGUCCACAGCUGGAUCGAUCGGCGUCUCCGUGCCUAUCCAUGGGGAGUCAAAAGAGCCACCUGUCUGUUCCAGAAGCCAAGGAAGUUUCGGAAGCCUACCGGCGUCCCACCACGAGCAGCGCUUUGUCGGACGUCUCCUCCAGGAGCAAGCCGAGCCAGCAAAGCAGCUUUGGGAGCUGAUGUUCGAGUCUUGCAAGUAGGCUUGUCGUGA